UUAUGGUAGGUUUUGCAGACCCCUCCACCAUGCCUUCCCAUCCUGGAUGGCAGUUGAGAAACUUUCUGUAUUUCCUGGCGUACCACUGGGGAGAUAAGAUUUCAAGAGUAAAAGUCCUCUGCUUUAGGAACCGUUUUCGUGGAGGACGAAGAGAGAUUAAUCAUAGUCUUGUAAUAAAUGUUACUCUUCCAGUAUUGACUGAUAAAGAGUGUCCAAAGUGCAUCGGUUGGGAGAAAAACAAGAAUCAAAAAGCCGUUCCUCGUUAUGUUGACCUGAGUGCCACAAUGGAUCCUGAAAAGUUAUCUGAGUCGUCUGUAGAUCUUAAUCUCAGGUUAAUGCGCUGGAGACUUCUACCAUCCUUAGACCUGGAGAUCGUGUCUAAGGCACGGUGUCUUUUACUUGGUGCUGGGACCCUAGGGUGUAACGUGGCGCGCUGUCUGUUGGGAUGGGGUGUACGGACCAUCACCUUUGUUGACAACGCCCGCAUCUCCUACUCCAAUCCCGUACGGCAGAGCUUGUUCGAGUUUGAGGAUUGUAAAGGAGGCGGCCAGCCUAAAGCAGAGGUGGCUGCGAAUGCGCUAAAGAGGAUCUUUCCUGGAGUUCAUUCAUCCAACGAGAUGUUUUCAAUACCGAUGCCUGGUCACGCUGUGGGAAGCUCACCGGAGGCAAUACAGGCCGUCCAAAAAGAUGUCCAGCGAUUAGAGGAAUUAAUCGAUGCGCACGACGUUGUAUUUCUAUUAAUGGAUACACGAGAGAGUCGAUGGCUGCCUACUGUUAUUGCUGCUGCAAAGAAAAAGUUGGUCAUCACUUCUGCUUUGGGUUUCGACACAUACCUGGUGAUGCGUCAUGGUGCUCGAGAGGUUAGCAACCAGGGUACUGACCUGGACAUAUCUGCCCUGGRGUCAAUACCUGGUACACAUCUUGGAUGUUACUUCUGUAACGAUGUCGUUGCUCCUGGAAAUUCUAUGCGUGACCGCACGUUAGAUCAGCAGUGUACUGUAAGCAGGCCUGGUAUAUCUUAUGUCGCUGGUGCACUGGCUGCAGAGCUUAUGGUAUCUGUUCUGCAACACCCAAAAGGGGCUUGUGCUAUGGCCAAUACUAGUGCUAAAGACAGUCACCUUACAGCUGAGAUGGAAUCAUCACUUGGUCUUGUACCUCACCAGAUACGUGGAUUUCUUUCUCGUUACAAUACUGUUCUACCAGCAAGCUUGGCCUUCGAUAAAUGUAUCGCCUGCUCAGACGAGGUCGUCACAUCCUACAUGAAUGAGGGAUUCUCCUUUCUUCUUCAAGCCUUCAACGUACCCAAAUACUUAGAAGAUCUAACGGGUUUGACGAAGCUCAUGCAGGAUACACGAGUCGAUGAGGUUUGGGAAAUGAGUGACGACGAAACAAUGGAUGACUAAGCUAAAGUAAGGUCACGUCAUAAACCAUGUGAUUUACCCACGUGCUAGAUUCUCAUACGUCAUAACUCAUUCACGUGAUUAGAUUUUAACCAGUAACAUUCUGAACUCUCGGUGAGAGUCACAUGAUACUGUGCUAUUUUACGUCGUAUACUAAGUAACCUCCUACACAGGAAUCCCAAUCUCUGUAUUUGGGCACAGAGCUUGACAUUUCUGUAUCCCUUCAAAUUCAUUAUUAAUAAUUAUUAGAAAUUAUUAUUAGAAAUCGAAAUUUUACAGACGACUUAAAGCAUCAUUUGUAUUCUAAAUUCAAAUUACAACCUAUGUAUAUUUAUAUUAAAUCAACUCUUAGAAAAAUGAUAUUCAAUUUCAAUAUAAGAUAUUACUAAAUAAUUCAAUCUCAUAAUCACUAGAGUGCUCACACUAAAUCCGUGAAACAAAUACUAAUUUUUAGUACUAAAUAGUGACAAUUAAACAAUAGAAAACGAAGGAUUCUGUAUGAAAUAGUACUAAUUAGUACUAUUUAAUGUUCACGGUUUUAGUGCGUGCACUCUAUAAACAAAACAAAAAAAAGAAAUCUCCCUGCAUUAGCCCCACAAAUGUUAAAAAUUACAUAUAUGAUGUCAUAGCCGCCAUGUUGGCUGAACACAACGAACCAACAUGGCGGCUAUGUUUUUCGUUAUUUCAUUUUUUUGCAAACCAAGAAUAUUUCUUAGUUAUAAAGCAUUUUUGGUAGCGCACCCGACCAAUAUUUUUGUCAAUACUUUUUUAAUAAAAAAUAAUUUUUGAUA